AUGAAGCUAACUCAGAUAACUCUGGCUCUGGCCGCUCUGCUGUCUACUGCCGCUGCUCAAGGCCUGGGUGAUUUGCCCGAUUGCGCGAAAAGCUGCGCAACCAGCUCAAUCCCCUCGAACUGUGGCAUUGAUGUGGCCUGCAUUUGCAAGAGUGAUACCUUCCUGAGCGAUAUUGCUUGCUGCGUGGCUGGCAAGUGCAGCCAGGCUGAGCAGGAGACUACCCUCGAGGUGGCCAAGAAGAUCUGCGCCCGUGGCGGAGUGACCGAUCUUCCCAGUGCCGUUGUUUGCUCAAGCUCAAGUGCUGGAACUGCCACAACCGCUACCACUACUGGAGCGUCUGCGUCGACCGCUGGCUCGUCCUCUUCGGCGGCUUCCUCUGCCGCUGCCACCACAGGCGCUGCCAUGCUCGGUCAGACCAAGGAUUCCUCUCUGCUGGCUGCCGCAGGAGUUGCUGCCGCUUUUGCAAUGCUCGUUUAA